UAAAAAGCUAAUGGAAAUAGUGAAAUAGAAGUUGCAAUAUCUAUAUUAAUAUUUGUCGCUAAAAGAAUAUCUGAUGUGAUAGAAAAAGGAGGAACGCAGACCGAGGCGUUUCCAGUUCGAAAGGGAAAUGAAAGUGUCUUUGUUGGUGAAGGGUAGGUGAGAGAAACGAAAGGGGUGUGUGUUGGGUUGAAUAGGUAUAGAUAGGAUCAAUGAGCAACAACAACGCAGGAAAGGUGGUGUGUGUGACGGGUGCUUCUGGUUUCAUAGCUUCAUGGAUCGUCAAAUUCCUUCUCCAACGUGGUUACACUGUCAGGGCCACCGUUCGCUACCCAAGUAAUCUGAAAAAGGUAGAUCACUUGGUUAAACUUGAGGGCGCAAAAGAGAGGUUGCAGCUGUUUAAGGCAGAUCUGUUGGAAGAAGGUUCCUUUGACUCUGUUGUGGAAGGCUGUCAUGGUGUUUUUCAUACUGCUUCACCUGUCCGUUUUGUUGUCAACGACCCACAGGCUGAAUUGCUUGAUCCUGCAGUGAAGGGAACUCUUAAUGUUCUCAAAUCAUGUGCAAAAUCACCAUCUGUCAAACGGGUUGUUUUAACUUCUUCUAUUUCUGCAGUUGCAUUUAAUCGAAGACCUAAAACUCCUCAAGUGGUAGUUGAUGAGACAUGGUUUUCAGAUCCAGAUGUCUGUAGGGAAUUAGAGUUGUGGUACACACUUUCAAAGACUUUGGCUGAGGAUGCUGCCUGGAAAUUUGUAAAUGAAAACAGCAUUGACAUGAUUUCUAUUAACCCAACUAUGGUGGCAGGACCUCUCUUACAACCAGAGAUUAAUGAAAGUGUUGAGCCAAUUUUAAACCUAAUAAAUGGUAAACCAUUUCCAAAUAAAUCUUUUGGAUGGGUCGAUGUGAAAGAUGUUGCUAAUGCUCAUAUUCUGGCCUAUGAAAUUGCUUCAGCUAGUGGAAGAUAUUGUUUGGUUGAGAGAGUCAUACACUACUCUGAACUUGCUACGAUUUUACGUGGUCUGUACCCCACAUUACAAAUUCCAGAUAAGUGUGAGGUAGAUGAGCCGUAUAUCCCAACAUACCAGAUUUCCACAGAAAAGGCAAAAAAGGACUUGGGAAUAGAGUUUACUCCUUUGGAAGUGAGUCUCAGGGAGACUGUGGAAAGCUUUAGAGAAAAGAAGAUUGUCAACUUUAAUCCGUGAUCUAUCCUAAAUAAAUAAAUGUCGAUGAUCUCAACCACGUUCAAUUUGUGACUGAUAAAUGUCAGGCUUCAGAAGGAAUUAUCACUGUAAAAUAUGGAUUGCAAACAGGUUAAUAUUGUUUGAUGAAGGACCGAAUAUAAAAGGAUAAAUUGUAUAUACAUUCCUGAACUUUGGGCGAAUUAUGCUUUGUCCUUUUUUAUGAAUUUCAACUGUACAAUGUUCGAGUACAAACCUCUCGUGAUUUCUAACGUCGAUCUCCUUCGAUUUAUUCA